GCUAAAGGCCGCGCCGCACGCGCCUCAAACGCGUCCGUUGAAAUCCGCGCGAAAAUGAAAACGAGCUUCUAAAUUCAAAUAUUCAUUCCGAAUUAUUUUUUUAAUUGUUGACAGUGUCUAGUUUAUUUUAUCGUUUUUUUUUAAUUUAAAAAGUAAAGUGUAAAAAUGAAGUUUCUCUUUGGUCAUAAUAUUCCCAGUGUGGUUUUGAUGUCGCUGGUUUUACUGGCAAAUGCUCAAAGAUCUUCAAAUAACCUGCACAGAGACCUGGAUUUCGAAGAGCUAUCGCGUCAGAACAAGAUCACGAAGCAGAUUCUCGAAGCGUUUAUUCAGAAGAAGUUGGGGCUGGCACGGCACAAUGUUAGAGCGCCAUCUAUACGGGAUAUUCUUCCUGUGCCGAAGCAGACAGAAGCGAGGCCUAUAAGGGAGUUGGGGCACGAUGGAGACGUGCUGCAGGAUAACCAGGACUUGCCUGAGGAUGAUAACUUGCAGAGCGUUGAGAGCGAGCAGAUUGACUCCAUCUAUCCUGAAGAAGGUAGGAGUAAAAAGUACUUCGGCCCCCCAUUCGAAGCAGAGUCGGAUGCAAGUCAAUGCUCAAGCUGUAGCGAAGACGAGCUUGGAGUAACGCGGUGGACCAUGCCGCUGCUCAAAACAGGGGAGAAGAGAUACUAUCUAGGAAUAUUCUUUAAGGCGAACUGGUUCAAGGCGCAGCAGUACUGCCGGUUCCACGGCAUGCACCUCGCCUCCAUCGCCUCACAGCAGGAGAAUGAUCAGCUCGAAAAAUACGUCAAAGACUCAGGUUACGGCCGCGAGCACUUCUGGACGUCAGGCACAGACCUGGCCGAGGAGGGCAACUUCUUCUGGAUGGCCAACGGGCGGCCAUUGACCUUCGUCAACUGGAACGCAGGGGAGCCCAACAACUUCCGCUACGAGAACGGAGAGGAGGAGAACUGCCUCGAACUCUGGAACAGAGACGACAAGGGACUCAAGUGGAACGACUCACCUUGCUCUUUUGAGACGUUCUUCAUUUGCGAAGUUCGAUCAGAUUAAAUCGGUGUACGGUUUUGUAAUUUCUUUAUCUGCCUCUCUAUAACGAGCGUACAGUUUCCAUCAGAUAUAUCGAAAUUGCCGAAGCUAUCACUAAUAAAUUUUGUGAGCAAUAUCGGAAUACUCUAACUUCUUGACAAGAUAUUGUGCCAAUUUUUAUGAGAGUAAUUAUGACAGGUGCGAUAUAUGUGACGUUAUCUGGGUAAAAGGACCUUAUUUGGGCGUAUUUGUACACGAACAUUGCUCAUAACGCCGUAAGCGCCAUAGACAAUAAGGUUCCUUUAUCCAUAUAAUAACACAUAUUUGAUGACGAUAACAAGAGAGACAGAUAACACUUAGAUAUUCCAUGUUGGCAGUAGGCCCUCUGAUCUGUGCGAAUACGAAAUGAAAUCAAAGAUAUCCCGCUUAAUUCCGCCCGAAAGUCUGUCAAAAAAUUGUUGAUGACUGAAUAGUAUACAAUUUAAUCAUUUUUUAUUGUUCGAAACUCAAUAAUAAUGUUAUAUUUCAUAAUCAGAAGCAGAAUGCGCGGCACUGGUACACAUGUACAGUCAACUAAUUUGAAUCCUAGGCCACUGUAGAACCUUUGCACAGUAAACGUCAAUGUGACUUCUUAUGGCAAAUAGAACAUGGUUUAAAUGAGACAGGGUUCUAGAGUGGCUUAGGA